CAGUAAUUUUCUUAUCAGAUAAACAGAUCGAUUGGAUAAUUUAACUAUCCUUCCAAUUAUUAUUAUUGUAAUAUUAGUUAUUACCUACUUAUUAGAACUUAUAUUUUUCAUAUUCGUAUUAUUUUUUUUACUUCCAAAAUCAGCUUGAAAAUAAAACUAACUAAUUAUCUUAUUUGAAAAAACGACUGAACGAUUUCGAUCACCUAUGGAUAACUCUACAGAAUCUCAAACGUUGAUCGAUCAUGCAAGUAUUAGUAUCACAGAAGCUGACAAGCGUAUGAAUUCAGCGUUGAGCCUUAAGGAAUACUAUACUGUAUACAUCAUUGAAACAAAAAUCGACAGUGAAACAUGGGCUGAAGCAAAAGGAAUGCAAAAGUUGUCAUUGGCAACCCGGCGAUAUACUGACUUUGUGACACUUCACAACCACUUGGGAGAUAAAUAUCCUUGGGUUGUCAUACCACCACUGCCAGAAAAGAAACAAUCUUUCAUGUGGAACAGUGAAGCUGUCUCUGAUACUAUGGAUCCAGAUUUUGUUGAUAGAAGACGUGCAGGACUAGAGAGUUUUCUCAAGAGAAUAGCUAGCCAUCCUGAAAUAGGUUAUGACGAGUGUUUUCUUAAAUUUUUAGGCGAAUGUGAUAAUUGGAUAGAUUUAUCAAAACAACAUAACAACAUCUUAAAAGAUACAGAGCUUACAAUUAAAACAAUGAAUGCAUCAUUAAGGGGUAGAAAUUCAGAUAAUCGAUUUGAAGCAAUUAAAACAUAUAGCAAUAAAUUACAGGGUUCUAUAAAUAAGAUAUUAACAUAUCGAGCAAAACAAGCAGAGCGACUCUACAAUGUAGAUAUGAUUCAUUUACACUAUGGUAGAAUUUUCAGUGAACUCAGUGCUGUAGACAAUGAUAUUGGUGAUGCAGUUCAGAGAACCGGUCACUAUAUGGACUCGAUUGCGUCAGCUAUUAGUCCAGCAUUGGAAGAUGAGGAAGUUAUUAUGGACCAAUUAAAAGAGUACCUGGCUUUUACAAACUCUCUGCACACUUUUGUCAAAAAUCAUGAUUCACUAAAUUACAACUUAAACCAGUUAAAUAAUAUGUCAAAUAAUAAAGAAACUAGUGGAAUAAUGUCCAGACUCUUUGGUUAUACUGCAGCCGCAGCUGAACGUGAUACAGCAGCUAUUGAAGCUUAUGAAAAUAAGAAGAUAGAAGCCAAAGCAAAUUAUUCUGAGUUUGUUGAUAAAUCAUUAGAAAACUAUAAAGAAUUUGAGAGACAAAAAGACUCAGAUCUUAUGAAAAUUCUUAAAGAUUAUGUAGCAUUCCAAACUAAGUAUGCUCAAAAGGGGCUACAAACGUGGAAAAAUAUUUUACACAGCAUACAAAGUAUAGAAUAAGCCGGUUGCAGCCUUUACAUAUCAUCAUUAUUUAAGUCAAUUAUUUAUCCAUUUUAUUCAUCAUUGUGUACCUAAACAGUCAUUUUUAUGUUAAUUUAAUACUAGGUCAUUCCAAUAUUGUUGAGAAUAGUCUACUUAAAACUGUGAAUGCUGCUAAAGAAUCACUGAAACAAAUUUUAAGUAGGCAUUCUUCUAAUUCAUUAUAUUGUUAUUUAUUUUAUAAUUAAACCAUAUAACCAUUUAUAAAUUCAUCCAAGCACGAUAUAUGUUGUUAUAUUUUUUUUUUAUGCAAUUCGUUAGCUAGUUGAAACACUUGUUAUUUAUCUGUAUAUAGUAUUAAAAAACUUAAUGUGCCUAACUGAGAUUGGUAAAAAGCUCUAAAAAAUGUAUAUAAUUCUGCUAUAUUUUUUUUUAUAGAUUAAAUUAAUUCAAUUUAAAUGUAUUAAACAUUUACACUUGGUUAUUAAAAACAUUGUUUUAAUAAUUUCUGUAUUAUCAAAUCUAAAGUUGUUACCAAAUGUAUAUGUAUAUUUAUUUAUUUAAUUAUAUUCUUAUUUAGGAAUUAAAUUAUUUUAUGUUUUUAUAUUCCACAUUUAACUAGACACCCACUAAAUUAUGUUUUAAAAACUAUUAUUUUAAUGAAGUCAAUUAUUUUUACAUUCAAACCAUAUGCAGUGCAUACUUUUUUUGCCAACGAGAUAACAAUAUUUUAGCUGCACUACUCACAUGUUUUAUUAGUUCUGAUACAUAGAGAGCCCUUAACCCCACAUGCUCACAAUACAAACUUUAUUAAAAUUGCAUGGCAAAUGUAUUCAACUACAAAUUCUUGUUAUACUUAAAUAAAAAUAAUAUAUUAUAAGGUAUAGCCGUAUAGGUAUAACAUAUAAGUACUUAUUUCAUUAAAGUCUUAAAUGUUUUUAACAAAUAAUGAAUAUUUGAAUAGGUUUUAGCUAACAUAUUUUAAUUUAUUAUACAUAGACUAAUGACUAUUAAAUCAAAAUAUAUUUUAGAAUAAACUCGGCUUAUUAUUGAAUUACCCAUGUGCAUAUUUUCAAUUAUUUUUUUCUUGAAAUGUAUAUUAUAAUUUAUAAGAUGCUAAAUUUUAAAGUGUUUGAAAAAAUUGUAAUUCUUUUGUACUUUGAAGUUUAUACCUAUAUGAAACACGAAAAAUAUAAUUUAUUUUUUUUAAAUGCAAUUUUUACAUAGUUGAUAUUAAAAUAAAUAUCUUCAAAAUUUGAAUUUAAAAGGAUUAUAAAAUAAAUUUUAAACAUGAAUACAUA